AUGAACAGUUUGUGGUGCUGAGAGGUCUAUCGUCAAAAACAUUAGCCAUUUCCUGACCCUCCGCUACGGUUUGGACACAUUUUCCAGUAGAACUGGUGCACCUUCGCAUAACAUUGCAGGUCUUCUAGUGUUCAUUGUUCAUCAUGAAAAUGUUACCAUCAGCGAGCGUUACCAAACUGCUAACUCCUUCAGUUAUACGUUAUGGCCUGUUACUAUUGUUAACCGUCCAGAAUACGGCAACAGUUCUUUGCAUGCGAGCGUCGAUGAUCAACGCUUCAGCAACCAAUGAAAAAUACGUAGUAUCCACAUUAGUGCUAACGAUGGAAACAAUUAAAGUCGUGAUCCUCCUCACUUUGAUUGUGAUCGUCGAAUCGAACUGUUCCCUUUGUAAAACAGCGACGUUGUUGUACGAAGAAAUAAUAUGCCGGCCGUACGAUACGCUCCCGUUGGCCGUCCCGAGUUUCCUGUACGUCGUCCAGGAUAAUCUGAUUGUUUAUGCCUUAUCGUGUGUCGACGCCACCACUUAUCAAGUAACGUACCAAUUAAGGAUAUUGACGACGGCCAUAUUCGCAAGGAUAUUGCUCAGUAAAAUCAUACCAGUAAAGAGAUGGUUAUCUCUCGUUCUGCUGAUGCUUGGCGUGAUUUUAACUCAGGUCCAUUUUAGUAAAGAUAGUGGGAUUUUUAGUUUCCGAACUGGAAAAGAAGGUCCGGCGUACGUUUUCGGUCUGGUCUCUAUUUUGUGCGCAACGUUGACCAGCGGUUUUGCCGGCGUUUACAAUGAGAAGUUGAUCAAAAACGGACAACAACCUUUACUGCUAAUCCGAAGCAUUCAGCUAAGUUUGUUUUGCAUUUUCUUCGCAUUCUUGGGUGUGCUGUUGAAGGAUGGACAACUUGUCGUCGCACAAGGAUAUUUUUACGGUUACAGUCCGCUCGUUUGGCUGGUUGCUUCCAUGCAGGCAAUGGGUGGUAUAAUUGUAGCUGGAACGAUGAAAUAUGCCGACAAUAUUUUGAAAACGUUCGCCACUUCGAUUUCUAUCGUCAUGUCGUGCAUUUUUUCCUAUUUUCUAUUGGGUGAUGACAAUUUAACAGCAACAUUCAUCGUUGGAACGUUAGCUAUUUUAUUGGCCACGUAUCUGUAUUCGGUGGCCACAGUUUCAGCUCAGCCAACUCAAUCAAUAAAAUCAUAAUGCCAUUGA